AUGCCAAAAGAAGCGCAGCUUCUUUCCGGUGGCAUGAGCUUUUAUUAUAAUAUAGAGGAAAGGACUGAUGCUUUGACGUGGCUGAAUUUUAUGGCGCUCUGGUUAUUACACUGCAUGCGAAUAGAGCAUUUUAGCGGCUGGCAGAAAAAUGAUUACACAAACCUCUCCUUAAAGUUAAAGUUCGGAUCUAUUUCUCCAGCAAUUGAAAUUAAUACAACAUGGCCGCCAAAAAUAAUUAAGGUAUUUAAUUAUACUGAAAUUCCAUUAUUAAAUACUUUUACUUCAAUUACUUCAGGAUUUUUUUUUAUUACUUUAAGACAUUUACAUUUCAUUAAUAAUAAUUUUUAUAAAAGAAUAAAAAUGUUAUUAUUUACAAUUAUUAUAGGAUUAUAUUUUCCUCUAAUUCAACUAAUUGAAAAUAUAAAAAUUCAUAUUUUUUGUUUUAAUGACAGAAUUUAUAGAUCAAUUUAUUUAUUUAUUUUUUUAUCUACCAGGAUUUCAUGGAAUUCAUGUCCUAAUUGGAACAUUAAUAUUAAUUAUUUCAUUUAUUACAAUUGGUCAUGCAAAGGAAAGAGCGAAUAG